AUUAUUUGAUGCGGAGAUGCAAUAUGUCAGCGCACAUAGAUAUUGAUGGAGACAUCCAUGUAUCAAAGUGCAUAUCAAGUAUUCCAGGAUCUCCAAGUCAAGAGGAUUAAAACUAGCAUCAAGAAUGGAGAAACAGUACAACCGAAGUGGGCGUGGCGAGGGCAAUCUGAUGGCUCUUCUAGCAGGAACUAUGGCUGCCCUGGGCUCAGUGUUUGCCAAACUUGCUUUUAAUGGUGACAUCAUCCUCCAGGGAUGUGAGGUUGUGGUGGAUAUAACUGUGUGUGGCAAGGUGAUGUGGUACCUACAAGGUCUGUGUUUUGGACUGAUAUUUGUCAGUAAUGCCCUGAUGUGGACAUGUUUUACAAAGAGUCUACAGUUGUGUCCAUCCUCACUAGAGGCCACUGUCAUCAACACUGCAACCAACUUCAUAGUCAGUGCGCUCAUUGGUUGGAUGUUUUUCCAUGAAAUACUGUCGCUGAAGUGGUGGAUUGGUUCACUUCUCAUCCUGUCAGGCCUCAUGCUGAUUCACAGAGGUAGCGACCAGACUAUCCAAAAGGGUCACAAGGAUUUAUAAAUGUCACAAAGACAACGACCAGACUCUCCAGAAGGGUCACAAAGAUUUAUAAAUGUCACAAAGACAACGACCAGACUGUCUCCAGAAGAGCGGGUCAUAAAGAUUUAUAAUUCCACUGAGGGAAUGUAGAUUCAUUAAUUUCACAGAGGCAGCAUGUAGAUGCUCCACCAGAAAGAUUGCAAUGAAUUAUGAAUUUCACAGAGGCAGCUACUAGACUGGUAAUUUGAAAGAUCUCAAAGAUUUUGCUUUUGCUGUUUCAUGGAUAUAUUGACAACACACUCUGCUGGUGUGGCCACAAAGAUUUGUACAUUUCACGGAAACAGUAACAAGUUUUCAAGAAAGUUCCUAAGAUUUGUUACACUCAUAUGCCCUGGUAUACAGUACUAGUACUA